GGGGAGGCCCAAUGCCAGAAGAUAGGCUGAGAGCUCUUCUUCAACGACUCGCUCCUCUGAUCCUCUCUUCUCCUCGCCGGCGUCGACUUACAGACGAGGCAGGGAGGGCCGUGCCAGCUCCGGCGAGGUCGGUCGAGCAGAGGAGGUCAGCAGAACGCGAUAGGAUCGGAGCAGAGGAUGUCGUGCCUGGGCCGCGCGGCGGUGCCGGUGAAGCGGGUGUGGCGCGGCCUCAGCGCGCGCCUCCGCCUCCGGCGGGCCACCGGUCUGGGCCGGCUGCGGAAGGAGGUGAGCACGUGCGAGUACAGCGACGUGCACGUCAUGUGGGAGAUGCUCAGCACCAGCAGCAACGCCACGAGGGGCAGAGGAGGAGGAGCCAUGGCCGCCGCCGGGAAGAGCUCGCGGCGGGGCAGGGGCAGGGUGGGGAGGAAAGCCGCCGUCGCCUGGAGCCGCCUGGCCUCCUACUGCUGCGCGCUCUGAUCCGACUCCGACUCCGACUCCGACUCCGACUCCGAGCAGGGUGGGUUGGAUGCUCUGCUACUCGGAUUCAGACAGAGAUGGGUCCUCUGUUUCUUCUGCUGCUGCAUUCUUGAUUUGAAAAACAGUUGAUGAAUCGAGCGAGCAAUCAAUCAAGCGCCGCCAUCGGAGGGAGGGGGCCGAAACGAUUUUGGGAUUUCGUUUCACAUGAGGCACAGAUCGAUCCCCGCGUUCCAAACCAGUCUAUGGAUGCAGGGCAGUAGAGUUCAGUCAGAGAUGCGCGUGUUUGUAUCAGUCAUGUCAGAGUUGUACAUACAAACGAAACCGGCUGCUGUAAUUUAAAUUUUGGUCCAUGUCUGCUGCUACUAGGAGUAGUAGUGUGCAAAAGCCAGCCAAUUUUGUUCCUGUCUCUGCUGAUUUGUCCGGCUUGUUCAUCCGAGCUGUGCUUCUUC